GAAUAAUCAAAUCAGACAAGGUAUUUGAAGUAAUGUUGGCUACAGACCGAUGCCACUAUGCAAAGUACAACCCUUAUAUGGAUUCUCCUCAGUCUAUAGGUUUCCAAGCAACAAUCAGUGCUCCACACAUGCAUGCAUAUGCUCUUGAACUUCUCUCUGAUCAGUUACAUGAAGGAGCCAAAGCACUUGAUGUAGGAUCUGGAAGUGGAAUCCUUACGGCAUGCUUUUCACGAAUGGUUGGUCCCAAAGGACAAGUUGUAGGAAUUGAUCAUAUCAAAGAACUAGUAGAUGACUCAAUAAAUAAUGUCAAAAAAGAUGAUCCUACAUUGCUGUCUUCAGGAAGAGUGAAACUGAUUGUGGGAGAUGGAAGAAUGGGGUAUGCAGAGGAAGCUCCCUAUGAUGCCAUUCACGUAGGAGCUGCAGCACCAGUUGUGCCCCAAGCACUCAUAGACCAGUUAAAACCCGGCGGAAGAUUGAUACUACCCGUCGGCCCCGCGGGGGGAAACCAGAUGCUCGAACAGUAUGACAAGCUAGAAGACGGCAGUGUCAAAAUGAAGCCUCUGAUGGGAGUGAUAUAUGUGCCUUUAACAGAUAAAGAGAAGCAGUGGUCCAGGUGGAAGUGAUUUUCUGUUCCACUUACUUCUUCCACACACACGCAAGGGAUGAAUUGUAAAGCUACAUCAUCUUGACCCAAACAUAGUGUUACAGUGGACUGCUCAUCUCCAGUUCUAAAAGCUUUUUGAAAACCAACAGCAUUGCAGCUUGUUUUGGACUUCGUUAUACUGUUGUUAUCAGCAUGGAAAAGCGUGGUGUUUGUUUUAUU